CUUCACUUAUUAUAAGCCGUGUGUAAAACUGAUCGUUUGGAUUUUUAGCGUAUAAAAAUUUCCAACGAGUAUCAGCUGCCUAUCGUUUUGAAAUUUUUACAAAAUAUUAUUCUGAGAAAACAAAUAGCUUAUUUUCAUCGAAAUGGACGAGUAUCCCAUCAAAGUCUAUAUUUAUGAUUUAUCAAAAGGGCUUGCAAGGUCUCUAUCGAUGGGAUUUCUAGGGAGACAAAUUGAUGGUAUCUGGCACACAGCAAUUGUUGCCUAUGGCCAGGAAUACUUUUUUGGAGGAAUGGGAAUAGAAAGUUGUCCACCAUGUGGUACUCAACUAGGGCCACCAGACACAAUAGAUGACCUUGGAUCUACCCAGAUACCCCUCGAAAUGUUCAUGGAAUAUUUACACGAGCUAUCACAAACAACAUUUAGGCCAGAGUGCUACCAUCUAUUGGAACAUAACUGUAACACAUUCAGUAAUGAGGUUGCUCAAUUCCUAACAGGAAAGACAAUCCCUGCACACAUUACAAACCUCCCAUCUGAAGUUAUGCAAACUCCAUUCGGGGCAAUGAUUAAGCCAUUUGUUGACGCCAUGUCAGUGACUCCCUCUGGUGGCCAUCACUCAGUCUUCCCUGAGUCAUCAUCAUCAACAACGCCACAAUCUCGAAAUUCGGCUGCUACUAGUCAAACAAACAACACAACAAAAUCUCAGUCCACUGCUGAUCCAAAUAAACCAAUUACGUUCCAUGGAAAAAAGAUUCUAACAGAGUACACUAACAUACGUACAACAAUAUCUUCAACAUUACCAAACAUUGACAUAGCCUUAUUGGACGAGGUUCGGGAAUAUUUAUCAACAGAAGAACCUCAAUGGUACCUCAGUAAAGAACAUAUUAGAUGUCUAACUGACAUAAUAAAAAUGAAUGACAAUCCUAAAACGCAGUCUCUUGGGUUGAACUUUCUACGACUGGCAGUUCUAAGACAAGAAGUUCUUCAUUUGUUAAAAAUGGAUAAAGAUCACAACAUGCUGAAGAUAUCCAAACAACGGGAAGGAUUGUCAAAUGAACACCAAGUCGUUCUGCUUAGAAUUAUGAGCAAUUGUUGCAGUUGUAAGCUUGGCUGUGAUUGGUUAACAGAAACUACAGAUUGGCCAUUAGAUGAUUUGCUAACAUCCAAUCAUAAAAUCACAUCAGACUGUUGUGUCAGUGCAAUUCUCAACAGUUCUACAGAUUUUCAGCUGACAGGAUCUAUAUGGGCAUUCAACCUCUCGGUAAAUAAGGUUGUAUCGGGGGACCUUGGAGUAGAAGUUGGCAGUGCUAUACUUGAGGCUAUUACAAAGCCACUGGGAGAAGAUGUACUGUUUCAUACAUUAUCUGCUCUGUAUAAUCUCAUGGCAUCAAAUGAUGAGCUGCAGGCGUUAGCAGUAGUAAUGGGAGUAGACUUCGAAAGAUUGUGUAAACUUUCAACCAGAGUCUCCGAUUUAUGUCAUAAGAUACAGAAGCGUAUAGGGCAUACUUGAAUGGAUAGGACAAAUUUUAUGACUAAUUGCAUGGGACAUUUAAGUGUACAGUACACUAUUAUAGGACACACAUGAGAACAAAACUU